AUGACAGAAGGAGCAACAGGCUCUGAUUCAAAAACUCUUGAUCAAUUACCGCCAUCGUACAUGUACUCGGUAAUUUUCAAGGAUAUCAUCCUAGAAAUUGAUGACGAUGACGAAAAAUCUAUGAACACUUUAGCAAUAUAUUGCCAAAAACAAAAUAUUCCU